AUGGCUGGUUUCAUUUAUGCUAAGCAGCAGACGUCCACUACUCCCACUGAAGCAGCUGCAGGUUUUCGUGGCUGGAGCUUCGCCCAGGAAGAUCCACAUCCAUCUGUUCGGCAUGUGCACGCUGGUGGUACCUGCUCUAGGGGUCUUCCUGCGCAGGCUCGACAUAAAAACGAGGAAAAGCCUGUGCAUUUCAUCCCUGGCAUCUCCAACUCCAGGCCUAGCCAUCAAGUUCCGGAGGAGCAGUUUAGCUCCAAACCUACGUCUUCGCUGCCAAGGCCUGUCCCCUCUCCAGUGGGAUUCAUCAGGGAGGCGUUGCAGCACCAAAAGGCUGAGCCACUGAAGGAAAAAGCACGCCAAAAGGUUGCUUCGCUUAUAUGGAGAAAAUAG